AUGAAAAGUAACAUGGGAUUUUCAAAAAAAGAUGAUAAGAUUUUGAUAAAUUAUGUACAUCGUCCAGGAAUUAAAAGAUAUGAUAUGGAAAUAUAUAAUAAAAUAUCAAGAGAGUAUGGAAAGCAUUCACCAUAUGCUUGGCAUGAUUAUUACCGAUUUGUUCUUGAACCGAAACUUGGUCCCAUUUCAUUGAUCAAAGAAAGCAUUAGGGUUGAUUUAGAUAGUAUUAAUAAUAAUUUAAUGAUCGAAAAAGAUUUUAAUAAUGAUUCUAUAUCUUCUGAGUAUUUUGAAAAUGGAUUCACGUCUGAAGAAGAUUACUCUUUAAUAAAUUUUAUACAAAAGUCUAAUUUACCUCAUAAAGGUAGAUUAGUUUUUGAAAAAUUUCAUAAUUUAUAUCCAUAUCGAAGUUGUAUUUCAUGGAGAAACCGCUAUGUGAAUAUUUUGUUGCCAUUACUUAACGCUAAUUGUGGCUCUAAUUAUAAUUCAGAAGUUACAUCUCCCGGUAAUAUAUCCGAUAAAUCUAAGAAAUAUUUAUAUGAUGCUAAUAAAAAUCUUUCAGAUUCUAUGAACUUGAAGGCUCCUUUAAAUUCUGAUAUAUUAUUUUAUAGUAAAUCCGAUCAUUGUGAUAUUAUGCAUGGAUCUUUUACUAAUUCAACAGAAGAAUCUUUGCCUUAUAAAAUGUUUCAAACAUAUUUUCACAAACCCUUAGAAGUAACACUCAAUUGUGUCAAAUCUACCUCAAAGUAUGAUUAUAAUUUCAAUAAAGAUAAAGAUUUAGAAAGAACGUAUUCAUCUACUACAAAUCAUAUUCAUGAUCCAAAAAAUACUUCAAUAAUUGAACAAUUUGAUUCUUCAGAUAAUUCUUUAAUUUUACCUAAAAUUUCAAUUAAUAAAGAAAUUGAUUUAAAAAUUUCUUUACCUUUAAAAAGAAAAAAGUCAUCAGAAGAAUUUUUAUAUAACAAUUUGAAGGACGAUAAAUUAGUACCAGAUGAAGAUGAUAUAAUGAUGUUACGCCAACUUACUAUGCAGAUGAAUCCAGAAGGUUAUUUAUUAGAAGAACAAAAGAAAAUGGAUCAAAUUUCUUCUAUUUUUGACGAUAAAAAUAUAAAAAAUAUUUCUGAACAAGGAUGUUCAACUCCUACAAAUACUGAUGAAAUAAGUUAUUUAUCUACUAUUGUAGUAGAGUCUAUAUCUCCUCAAAGUCAAAUUAAUUAUAAUUUACAAACACCUAAGUCACUUUCAUCCUCAACAUCUACUUUAUAUUUAGAUAAAGAAAUUUUAAGAGCAUCGACGUCUCCUAAUCUAUCAGACGAUAAUAUAUCUAUUCAAAAUUAUCAAGAGAUAUCUAAAAGUUCAGAAUUUAAUAUUAAUCACAAUUUUUUAUCUAAUUCAAUGGUUUUAAAUAAUGAUAUUCAAAAUAUCAAUUCAUAUGACAAUUUAAAAAGUAAUGAUUUAAUGUUAGGGGAAUCAGACACUUUAUUAGAAAAAACUGCUCAUUGGUAUCUUAGAAAUAUGAAGAAAUACGGUAUAACUCAAAAUGAUGUUACUUUUGCAUUAUACAAAACAUCGGGUGUUAAAAAACUGGCUGUCAUUGUUAUGGAAGCUAUAAGUAGAAAUUUGCCUUUGCCUAAUAUUGAAGGAAUUUGGACAGAAGAAGAUGAUUUAGUUGUAUAUAGUGGUACUUCAAAACAACUUAAACAGAUUAAUCAAAAACAUGGCGGUAAACUUCACAAUAGAAUUAAAUUCCUUCAAGAUUAUUUAGAAGCAAAUUAUGCUGAUGUGGAUAUACCUAUUAAGUAA